AUGAAAAGCAAAAUCCAAGAAUUGUUGAAGCAAUCCGUUAACGCGUUGGUCGAGGCCGGCACUGUGUCAGAAGCAAGCGUGCCGGCUGCCAUCCCGGUCGACAGUGCUCGUCGAGCCGGACAGGGGGACUAUGCGACAGGUGUUGCAUUGAGCAUGGCGCGCCCUAACGGAUUGAAGCCAGCAGAACUUGCCUCAAUGAUUCAGGACCAUCUGCCUGCGGCUGAUUUCCUGGACAAGACAGAAGUAGCCGGUCCGGGAUUCAUCAAUUUUUUUCUUUCGGAUAUUGCAUUGACAGAUGUAGUUGCCGAGAUCCUUGAGAAAGGCAAUGACUAUGGAGCGGGCGAUAUAGAUAAUCCAGAUCGAAUACUCUUGGAGUUUGUAUCCGCGAAUCCGACAGGUCCUCUUCAUGUAGGGCACGGCCGAGGCGUGGCUUUUGGAGAUGCGCUAGCACGACUUCUAAGAGUUGCCGGCCAUCACGUAGACACGGAAUAUUACGUCAAUGAUCUGGGUCGACAGAUGGAUAUCCUUUGUGCCAGUGUCUGGAUUCGUUACCUUCAGUUGCACGACAAAGACGUAACUUUGCCAGUCGGUGCGUAUCAAGGCGAGUACAUUAUGGAUUGUGCAAAGGCAUUCCGAGAGCAAGUCGACGCCGAAUUCGCUAAUCUGGAAAGUGAUCCGCCUGAUGUCGAAAAUGAUGACAAAGACCUUGUCUUGACGAAGUUGAUCUCCUGGUGUAGACAAUCGCUAGGCAAUGACGAUUUCAACACUCUGCGGCGAUUUGUCCUCACUGAAAUGGUGGAAAUGAUUCGUGACGACCUGAAAAUUCUCGGCGUUGUUCAUGAUGAGUGGUUCUUCGAAAGCCGUCUUUUGGAACAAGGGGAUGUUGAGCAUGCAGUUUCGCAACUACAGGAGCAGGGAUUCCUUUAUCAAUCGGAAGGUGCUACCUGGUUUCGUUCCAGCGAGUUCGGCGAUGAGAAAGAUCGGGUGUUGGUACGUUCCAAUGGUGAGCUCACUUACUUCGCAUCGGAUAUUGCCUAUCACCUGGAUAAACUCAAUCGAGAUUAUAAUUACGUUAUAAACAUCUGGGGCGCAGAUCAUCACGGCUAUAUUGCGAGAAUGAUGGCAGCGCUGCAGGCUGCUGGCGAAGAUUCCAAUCGGCUCAAAAUAUUACUCGUUCAAUUUGCAACUCUUUAUCGAGCCUCAGUAAAAAUCCCAAUGUCCACACGUGCUGGAGAGUUUGUAACACUAAGGGAACUCGUAGAGGAAACUGGAAAGGAUGCAGCCAGAUUUUUUUAUGUUCUUCGUAAAUCCGAACAGCAUCUUGACUUCGAUCUUGACCUAGCCAAAGAGGAGUCAAGCGAAAAUCCUGUCUACUAUGUCCAGUACGCACAUGCUCGAAUCUGCAGUGUAUUUCGCCAGAUGUCCGAACGUGGCAUCGCCCGCACCGAGAAAGGCAAUCUUUCGUUGCUUGCAUCGGAAACGGAACUCGGUUUGACCAAAAGUCUCGUCAAAUAUCCGGAAGUCAUACAAAAUGCUGCAUCCAGUUAUGAGCCGCAUCAAGUCGCGUAUUACCUCAGAGAUGUUGCUACUGAAUUUCACUCGUUUUACAACAAGGAACGAAUUCUUGACUGUGAACCAUCCUUACGGUCUGCGCGGUUGGACCUGAUAGAUGCAGUGCGACAAGUGUUGGCCAAUGGUCUUAAUGCGCUUGGCGUUUCAACUCCGGAAUCAAUGUAA